AUGUCUCUCGAUAUGGCAUCUCCUGCAGUUGACAAUGAGAAGCAUCUUGGUUCGCAGAACCAGGAUGAACAGAACUUGGAGCGCCAUGGCUACGUUCAGCAGACAAAGCGCAACUUCUCGCUUACUGCCAUGGUUGCGACAUGUGUCAACCUGAUGGCAACAUGGGAAGCACUAUCUAGUUCCUUGGCUGAACUCGCAUCAAGCUAUCCUACCGCCGGCGGACAAUAUCACUUCGUCGCCAAGCUAAGUCCGAAAACGAGCCGACCCUUGACCAGCUGGUUCGCUGGAUACAUCUCAACGCUAGGCUGGAUAGCUUCUGCUGGUAGUGCCCCCUUCCUCGCCGGAACGCAAAUCCAAGGCCUCCUCGUCCUCAACUAUCCCGAUUCCUACGUCUUCCAAAGAUAUCAUGGCACACUGCUGUUCUGGGCUGUCCUUCUGGGCUCCGCUUGCAUUUGCAUCUUCUGCAGUAACAAGCUGCCGCUCAUCGAGAAGUUGACUCUCGUGCUACACGUUACCUUCUUCAUCGCAAUCAUAGUCACAAUGGCCGUGACUUCACCGACCAAACACUCGGCCGAAUGGGUCUUUUCCCACUUCGAGAACAAUUCUGGAUGGGGCAACGACGCCGUAGCUUGGAGUAUAGGACUUCUCAGCUCUUGCUACGUCCUUAUCGGCUAUGAUGGUGCCACCCAUCUUAGUGAGGAGAUGAACAAUGCUGAGAUGGGUGUACCUAGGGCUAUGGUUGGAUGUCUCCUGGUUAACGGUCCUUUGGGGUUUGCCUUCCUCCUUAUAAUUCUCUUUUUCAUGGGAGAUAUUUCGACGGCUUUGGCUACACCUACGGGGUUCCCCAUCAUUGAGAUCUUCCUCCAUAUGACCGGCAGUGUUGCGGCUGCUACUACCAUGACUGCUAUGAUCACUGUUAUGGCUUGCUUGUCGACAGUUCCUCUCCUCACGGCAGCGGCUCGCAUCAUGUGGGCGUUUGCUAGAGAUGGAGGCCUUCCCUUUGCUGAGCGUAUUGCAAGCGUUGACAAACGUCGACAAAUCCCCACAGUAUCCAUUGCCGUUGUCAGCUUCCUGCUUAUGCUGCUGAGUCUCAUCAACAUUGGUUCUACGACAGCCUUCAAUGCUAUCCUAUCCCUUGCGGUUGUUAGUCUACAGGCCUCGUACCUCCUUCCAAUCCUCCUGUUGAUCUGGCGGCGCUUAUUCCGCCCGGAUACUCUGCGCUGGGGUCCUUGGAGGCUCGGCAAAGCAGGCCUACCCAUCAACAUCAUUGCAGUUAUUUAUCUCAUGUAUACCUGCAUCUUUCUUCUUUUCCCUCCCUAUCAGCCAAUCACUGCGGUGAACAUGAAUUAUGCAUCUGUUGUGUUGGGUGGCGCUCUGGUGUUCGGCUGCAUCUAUUGGCCUUUGAGGGCAAGCAAGCGAUAUGUUGGUCCACUGACCGAUGCUGAAGUUUUAGAGGGAACACUACAUUAG